AAGAGAAGAGAGAGUGAGCUUAUAGAGAAGAGCAGAGAGAAGGGAGAGGGAGAGGGGGCUCGAAACCCUAACCCUAGUUUUUGUACGCACCUCGGUGAUCCGACCCCGAUCGGAUCGGAUCGGGUCGGGUCGGAUCGUCUACGUCUCCAUCGGGAUCGAAGGGGAUCGAUCGUCGCCGUCCAUGGAGAGCCGCAACCGGACCCCGCCGCCGGAGAGGCCUCCUGGCCCUUCUCCGGCGACGGCGAGAUCUCCUCCCUCGACGAGCUCUGCGGCGGCGGCGGCGGAGGAGGAGGGGGCGAGGCGACGGUUUCCGCGAGCAUCCUCGGCGAGCUCGGGUGGGGGAUCCCCCCGUUCGAUCUCGCGCCGGAGUCGUUCGCCACGGCGCCGGCGGAGGGGACGGCGCCUCCUCCGGCGGCGGCGGCGGAGAGAUCGGGCGACGCGGCGUCGUCGAGCUCGAGCGAGGAGGCGACGCCGGAGACGGAGGGGAAGCAAACGGAAACAGCGAGCAAAACUGUAAAGAGGGGACAAAAGCGAACCCGUCAACCAAGAUUUGCAUUCAUGACCAAGAGCGAGAUAGAUCAUCUUGAAGAUGGCUACCGCUGGCGAAAAUACGGGCAAAAGGCUGUCAAAAACAGCCCAUAUCCUAGAAGCUACUACCGGUGCACGAACAGCAAGUGCGCGGUGAAGAAGCGAGUCGAGCGCUCGUCGGAGGACCCCUCGAUAGUGAUCACCACAUACGAAGGCCAGCAUUGCCACCACACCGUAACCUUUCCGCGCUGCACUCCGGGCAUAGUCCACAACACCCAUAACUCCGUCCUCACGGAACAGAUCGCGUAUCCGUCCCAAGCGCAGUUGUAUCUUCCAACGUCGACGCUGCAGUUAUACCAAAACUCGAACCCUCCUCCGCCCUUGUCGGAGGCCGGCCGAGAAAUGGUGGGAUUGUUACGAGAAGAGGUCCAGAGUUCACCGCUGGAGAGAACGGCUCCUAUUCCGGUCGACGAGGGGUUGUUGGGCGAUAUGGUACCGCCCGGAAUGAGAAAUGGAUGAGGAGUUAAUUUGCUAGGAAGAGAAUAUUUUGGGUUUUCUUGGAAUGUUUCGUGGCGAAUCAAGCGGCUAUUAUGAUCUCGAAAACCCUGGAGUCUAUACAUAAAGAAUCAAUCGAUCAAUCGUCUUGGUACAGCAUUGCGUUAGAGCAGAUCAAGAGGCUUAUAAAGCUUAUAAAUGUUUUCGAGUAGUUAUUUAUUAAUUAUUUGAGUUUAAUUUGGACAUCUAAUGUUGGCAGUUUUUGAUGCCACAAGGCCCACUUGCUGGUUCCUCUCUUUUUUUUUGUCCUCCUUUUUUUUCUUCUAAUUAUGAAUGUAAUCUUCUUCUCUAAGUAGACUCACUAAUUACUUUUUAGUUAUAUAGUUUGUAAAACUCUGAACUAAGUAUUAAUUACCUUAUUAAACUGUUUCUUUUGUUGUU